CAUUGGCUAGCUCUCUCUCCCCCACAGACGCAGACAGCACAGCAUUGGCUAGCUCUCUCUCCCCCACAGACACAGACAGCACAGCAUUGGCUAGCUCUCUCUCCCCCACAGACACAGAGGCCAGCGAGUGUCUCACAACCAAAGCAAACAUAGCCUUAUUAACGUGACGAGAGGGAGACUCAGGGAGACACGACUGACUGUCUACUCUCAGGGAGAGGAGGAAGCAGGGGACACUUGACUUCCCAACACCCUGAUCCAGAACACCUGGAGGGAGAAAAUCCGUCCCUCUGCAUACACUGAGGAACACACAACAACAACUACAAGCCUGAGAAGAAGAAGAGAGACCAGCAACAAGGUCUUUCUCUUUCCCUUUCUCUUUUUCUACCUCUCUCUCUCCUGCUGUGGAGCUCAUCUCUCCAGUCCGUCAAGGUGCUCUGCUGACCGGGUUUGACUGAUCUGCUGUCAUCAUGUCAGAUGGAGAGGAGUGUCUCUCUCCCAUCGGUCUGGACUGCUGCUCCUGCUGCCUGGACCUGGCCAACUGUGACGACCCAGCUAGAGUUGGGGGCCAAGGCAGAGGCCAAAGCACCCCUCUGAUGGGCAGCCCCACGUCGCUCAGCCACUUCCGCCAGUUCCGUGAGCAGCUGACGUUCCAGAACCAGAACGUGAACACAGACAAGCUGAACAGCAUGAUGAGGCUGGACUCUCUGGAGUCUGUGGUCAGAGACCCCUGUUACCUGCUCAACGAGGGCAUCUGCAACAGCAACAUCGACCAGACCACGCUGUCCAUCCUGCUGUUCUUCCACAGUGCCUCGGGUGCUAGCGUUGUUGCCAUUGACAACAAGAUAGAACAGGCAAUGGAUCUGGUGAAGAACCACCUGAUGUAUGCCGUCAGGGAGGAAGUGGAGAUCCUCAAGGAGCAGAUCAGAGAGCUGGCUGAGAAGAACAACCAGCUAGAACGUGAGAACAGCCUUCUGAAGAACCUGGCCAGUCCAGAACAGAUGGAGAGCUUCCGCGAACGGGUUCCGUCCGACCCAGACGCUCUGGUCCCCCUGCGGCUGGACAACCAGUACCAGCAGCAGGCCCAGCAGCAGGCCCAGAUGGGACUCCAUAACCCUGACCAGUCCUGCCACAUCAGCGCUGGCUCUGCUGUAUAGGUGACUCUGCCUUGGACCUCCAAUUGUAAACUGAUCGUCGCCGCCAACUUCAGUGAAGCUGUCUGGAACAGAUGAUGAAACACACAAUUGAUGAAAAGCACACGAAAAGACGCUCUAAAUAGCGGCUAUAGGCUGAAGCUAUACGCUAAGAUAAGCCCGUCCUACGACAUCUAGACUCUUUCUCUUUAGACAAAAGCGCUAAACGAGAGGGCUCACAUGUGGCCAGCCGGAGAACGCUUGCAUUGGGACAGAGGUGAGGCUCCUGCCUUCUGGGGCCAGGAGGGCCAACCCUUCAGCCAUUCUCUAUCACCCCUGCUACAGAGGGGGGAGAGGGCUAAGAGACGGGGCUGGCCCAGGGAUCUGAUCCUGGGGAUGCCUCUCCAUACCUCUCCUGGUCCAGCCAAGGAAAAAGUAAAUCUUUUCUCAAGACAGAUGGCCCUCUAGUCUCCACUAGACCCCCCCCCCCAUUUAACUAGGCAAGUCAGUUAAGAACAAAUUCUGAUUUUCAAUGACGGCCUAUCGGGGAACGGUGGGUUAGCUCCCUUGUUCAGGAGCAGAACGGCAGAAUUUAUACCUUGUCAGCUCGGGGAUUUGAUCCAGCAACCUCCCAGUUACUGGCCUAACGCUCUAACCACUAGGCUACCUGCUACCUGAAAUCCAUGUGGAGUUCUUCUAACUGCUGAUAGUACAAGCUCUGAGUAGUUAGAAAAUAUCUCAACCAUCUUGUGACUGUUUCCACCUGACACCAUCUACUGAUAUUCUCUGUCAAUAUUCUUUAAGAAGAAGCAACGUGUCUUUAGGAAACCAAACCGGAGCUCCAGUUGAACGAGUAGAGGAGAAGGAGGUUCUAGGAGAUCCUGGACUGUUGCUGGGAGAUAGAGUCUUGUUGCUUCUCUUUCUCAACCUCUCUGGUGAUAGGAGAUGCUGGACUGUUGCUGGGACAGAGAGGCCUGUUGCUUCUCUAUCUCACCCUCGCUGGUGAUAACUGAUUAACAUAAUCAUGAUUCAGAACAUCAUUACUUGUAUUCUUUGCAGUUGGGGUGUGCUGCUUUUUGGGGAAAAUCCUGCUAUUUCACAUUUGUUUUGUGAUUCUGAACAAAAUGGAAUACUUGUUAAUAAGAGCAUUGUAACUGUUCAGUUAAAUGAUUUAUUAUGGGGAUGGAAGUAUCUACUACCCAGUAUGCCUAGCUCUGUACAUUUUACUAACAUGUUCAGAGUAGUGGGCUGGAGAUGAAUUUGAGCAGCUGAUUUUUUCUCUAAAGGCUGUGAAUGCGAUCCUGACCUAGCAGACAUGUUCUGUGUGUUCAGAUGCCAACCUCAACUUGAAUCAAUGGCAUGACUAUAGUGCCUAUCUCCAGAAGAGGAAUAACACAGUUCCACAUUGGACAUUUGUGUUUUCUAACUACCAAAGACUUUGUCUCAUUCCUACUCCAAACGAAACCAAGCAACCUGGACCAUGUGUACAUCGUUCACAGGGAGAACUCUUGUUAGCGUGUGUUUUUGUUUUGAUAAACGUUGGUUAUUGUUGCUGUAUUGUGUCCAUGAAACAGGUAAAAUGUCCAUUUGCAAUAAACCUUCUGUUUACACUAAACGCCA